AUCCCUCCGCCGGCGCCGCCCAAGGCUUCCUCCACCGCCCUCCCGCUCCCUCCUUUCCCCUAAUUGAAGACCAAACAUCUCUCACUCUCUCUCUCUCUCUCUCUCACUCAGGCUCCUCUCCAAUCUUCAACUUCAAAUCGUCCGCCGCAGUUGUUGCGGAAUCCCUCCUCUGCAUUUAUCGUCUUCUCUUUCACGAUGAUGCCACAGCAGGGAGCCGAAUCCAUCCCGACCUCUGCUCCUUCUACGCCCAGGUUAUUAAGCUACUGCUCCUCUAUUCGUCAUCUCCAAGCCGGAAAAUCCCAAACAUCGAUAUCGCCGUCUUCUCAACUAGGGGAUAGAGACCCAAGCGUUGAACAAAGGAAACAAGGAUCUACUGUGGCGAUUCCCUCUCAUCUCCUCUCCCCAGCCGCCGUCGCCAAACACCCCCUUCACCUUCGUCUCCUCCAAUAGAUCGGCCCAACCAAAAGCUCCACCAUCAAACCCUCGAUGGAACCUAAAAGAAGGCAAUCCAAUCGGGCGACUCUACUUCUUCCUUCAGUACUUUCGCCGCUAUCAUUCUUCCCACAACGUCGGCGUUGACGGUGGUUGAAGAUGCCCCUGUUUCUUUCCAUCUCACCAUCGGGAAAGGGGAAUGGCGAGAGCUUCACUUUCCUCCCAGAUGUCGCUUCAAUUGUCUAAAGGGCUUGCGGCGUCGGGAAAGAGGAAUGGGCCAACAUUUCAAUUUGGGAUUGUGACUCAAAUUAAUGAACCUGGGUUUCGAAUUUCUCAGUCGAACAAGCACCGACUUGCAGAGAGGAAGUUCUGGCUGGAGGGAAGGAGAUUGAAAGUCGCCGACUGUAGGAGAGGAGAGAGGGGAUUGGAAGCUGAAGGGGAGCAGGUGUUUAGAUUCUUUAGAAACUUCUCGCCAGCGGAAGGGAAGUUUUGAGACUAUUUGAUUAUUUCUUCUAAUUUUUUUAUUGUUUUUAUUUUUAAAAUUAAUUUAAUUUUGAGUU